AUGGUAGAGGAUGGUAUCGCCAGCGAAGCCACAAGGAAGAGAAUAUCCAAAGACGACGCCGCAAACGACGAUACAGAGGCCACCGCGUUGUUCGGUGUAUUCGGAACGAAACAGAAAAUCCGGGUCAACAAGAUCCUCAAAGACCACGGACUUUAUGCUCCACACAACAUGGCAAACGACUUACAAUAUGUGAUCACCCUACCUACAGCGGCUGAAUUUAUGAACGCCCAAGGUGGGGAAUCCGUGGAAGGAUACACGCUAGAGAACAUCGAACUAGAAUACAAGUCCAUCGACAACAUCGAUCUCGCAAGGAAAGCCGAGGGUCUGUAUGGAUCUGAACGCGAGCUAUCCUUCGAACAUGUUACCCUAAUGAAGAAAACGGAAUGGAGCAAAGAUUCCACCAUCAUCAACGAAACGAUCAACGUACCACGCAGAAGUAUGAAAGCCAUUGUUAUGCUAUUCACAAACAAGACAAAGACAGACAGCGAGGAAUAUAUCUACCCCAAUAUCGAAAAGGUCAGGGUAACCAUAGAAGGUGUUCCCAACGCAGUCUAUAGCCAGGGCAUCCCCAAAACAAGACUAUACGAGGAGGCAAGGCGAAUGUUCGGUACCGACGAAAUCAGUCACCAGACACUAACCGGAUCCUUCAAGGACAAAAAAUUCCCAUUGGUCAUCGAUCUCAGAACCGCAAGCGACGCCAACACGUAUGGAAACGGUGCUAAAAUCCAGAACACCCAAUCUGGAAUACUGGUGGGGAUCACAAAGAAGGUCACAACUGCAGACGUUGUAUGUUACUUGUUCGUCCUUUCCGACGGUGUUAUCAAGAUCACGAACGGACAACUUGCCGGAAUAAAGUACCAAAUUAUUCCAGAUCCACAGUUUUUCCAUGCUCAACAGAGUUUGGAAAAUUUUACGCUUGAUCAUCAGUCUCCGGUCCUUCCUCAGAAGGUGGUUGUUCAG